GCGCACUCUGGGCUCCACAAUAACGUCGCUCAGUUUGACUCCGCACGAGCGCAGGGUCUGAACAUGAGACGCGGUUCAGACGAGGUUAACAUGCUGACAGAGAGAGGGGUGUUGUGUCGUCCCUCUGCACCAUGUCCUCCUGCACUCCUCCGUACGACACGUUUAUAACGGGUCCUCACACACACCGGGUCACAGUGAAACACUUCCGCAACAAGUUUGUCCAUGUGAGGGGUCCUGUAAUGUCCACGGAUCAGGAUAAAGAUUCAUUAUCGCUCAAAAGACAUAGAGGAGGUGAUGUUGGUCUGGAUGGUUUAGGAGGGCCCGGCUUGCUGCUGGGAAGUUCGGAUAAAAAGAAACGCAAGCCGAAUACACAGGCACCGUUGUUUGCCCCCCUCUCUGAAUACGCACCUCCUCUGAACCCGAGCUCCGAUCACCUGGUGGCUUCCAACCCGUUUGAUGAUAACUACAACCGUCCUCCUGCGUCUCUGAAACCCCUGAACAGCACCAACCCCUACUUCGGCCCGGCUCACUACCUUGGGCCCCGGGGUUAUGGGCUGCCCCGUGUUGUGUCGCACAUCCAGAACAGGAUGCCUGCUCCUUUUGGGUCUCAGUUUCAGAUACGGAACCAGACACAGCUGUUCGCCCAGAACCCGAUGGGUCCGAUGGGAUUUAACCGAGCGCCUGGGUUCAGUUACGCGCGUCCCGAGAACCAGGCCUUUGAUAAUCGAGCCGUGUUUAACAACAACGGUGGCAUGCACCAGCACUUCAGACCGGGUCCUGGAGAGAACGUCAACCAGCUUUCUCUUUCCAACGUGAACCAGAACUACGGUCCAGAUCCGACGUUCGGCCCAGAGGUGAAAACAGGUGGGAAUCGUCCUGCGGCUGUGAUAAAAUCUGCCCCAGAUAUGAGCCCUGGACUGAACUUCGCCCAGCCUGCGACACCUAAACAGGACCCGGGCGAGAGCGGAAACAAGAACACUACGCCUCGACGGAGACCGAGUCAGAUCUCAGAAGAGGGCGGAGCUCAAGUGAGCCAGGUGGAGCUUAAAGGGAAAAACAGAUCUAACGUAGAAGGACGUGUGGAGAAGAUCAACGGUGUCCUUCACUCCAACAUCGAGCUGCUAAAGAAGUCUCCUCAAGCUGUCACGGAGAACAUCGCGGAGAGGAACCGGCGAUUCGCCAACAGCAAAACCGGCUCGGUUGACAGCAAGAGACGUCGUCUGAGCGGCUCCGUCCCUUCUGAGCCCAUGUACCCGUGCGGGAUCUGUCUGGGUGAAGUGAACGACGAUCAGGAGGCCAUCUUGUGCGAAGCCUCAUGUCAGAAGUGGUUCCAUCGCGUGUGCACAGGAAUGACGGAGACGGCCUACAACCUGCUGACGGCUGAGGCGGAUGCUGUGUGGGGCUGCGACUCCUGCAUGGACGAGAAAGAUGGAGCACAGCUGCUCAAAACGAGGGAGGCGUUCGGCUCGACUACGGCAAACAGCGAUGGACAAACCUGAGUGCUGUGUGUGUGUGUGUCUGAGUGGCAUGAAUGCGAAAGUGUAACAAAUCACAAAUCCAUGCUUUAUUAUGUUAGAUCGUAUCUCCACGCAGCUACACUUCAUAUUUAUCACUGAAGGAACCUAAACACGGCCGGAACAUAAAGCGAGAUAGACACUCAGCGUUGGUUUAAGCCCCGCCCCUUUAUCUUACAUGAGUCGCUAUUUAAAUAUUUUAAAUUGGCGAGUGAUCCCGAGGGAUGAGAUGAUUUCAGUCUGGUGAUUUUAUUAAAAUGUUUAAAUUCUGUACAGUUACAGAUUUUAUCUCCACUGCUGUUGAUUUAUUUUUGUCAAUAUUACAGUAACAUUAGGUUGAAGUUUAAUGAGAGGGGGAGAGAGAGAGGGAGAGAGAGUGAGUGACAGAGAGAGAGAGUCAAUGACAGACAGGGAGAGAGAGACAAAGGGGAAGACAGAUUGGGACAGAGAGAGAGAGAGAGAGACAGAAAGGGAGAGAGAGAGAGAGAGAGACAGACACAGAGAGAGAGACAGACACAGAGAGAGAGACAGAGAGAGGGGGAGACAGACAGGGAGAGAGAGAUAGACAGACAGAGCCUUGUUGCGUACACCGAAGCCGUGUAAAUGAAUACUGACGCCGUGUGGAGACUUGACUGUACAUCCAUGUCUUCUGAGGUCAGAUGUCUUCCUGUGGCACAAGCACUCGCUAUCUCCAUCAUCUGUUGUAGAAAUUCAUUCUACCAUCUCUAUUUUUUCCUCAGCUUUUCCUCCUUAUUUGGUUCUGGCCAAUCAUUUGUUCUUAUACUUUAAUGUAAUUAUCGAGAGAGAGAGACAGAGAGACAGAGAGAAUAGUAAUAAUAAUAAUAUUGUACAUUUAUUAUUCUAUAGCGCGUGCACUAAAAUGCUUCUUCAUCAUUGAUGAUCAUUAAAUGGUAUUUUUAGUGGUUUAUUUUGUUUUAUAUGAGAGUUUGUUACUUGAAUGUAGAAAUAAUUGCACAGAAUAUAUCCAGGAUUUAUGGAUAGUAAAUAAACGGAUUUAUAUUUCUUUAGUUUUUAUUAUUAUUAUUAUUAUUAUUAUUAUUAUUAUUAUUAUUAUAGGCUUUUGCUCUUGACCGUAUUAUAUGCUGCAGAUGAUGAUCAGAACUCGUCUGCUCCCGUGCCGAUCUGUUUCAUAUCCGUUGUUUAUGACAUGCAAAAGUUUGUACACCCUCGAACACGACACCGGGAAGCUCUCGGGAGCGAUUACCGAUUUAUUGCUCUUUUAAUGUUGUUAUAAGUCCGGACAAUUCCACUCAGAAAUCUGUGGCAUAAUUUACAAACUUUAUAAAUCCGAAUGUCGACGUAACAACCAUGACAUGAUCAUUUUAACGUGCGUCAUGAUUACGUGGUAUUGAGUGAGAAUUUUCAGAGAUUUCUGACAGAAUUGCUGAUCCGAGUCGUAACACAAGAAAUUCACUUUGAAAAAUGUCAGCUUUUUUUUUAAACAAAGUUAAUUGAGAGAAUCUAUUUUUACUGUUGCUGCUGUAAAUAAAGAAAAAUGUGACGAUGAUGAUG